UUUGUUUUCAGGUUUAUAUUUUUUAAUGGACUUGGUGAUCAAUCACAGUAGUGACGAACACGAAUGGUUUCAAAAAUCAAUCGAGAGGAUUGAUCCAUACACAGACUACUAUGUCUGGGCUGAUCCAAAAGGCUACGACUGGAAUAAAAACCCCAUUCCACCAAAUAAUUGGGUAGGUACAAAUUUAAUUGAACAUAGAACCCAUGUAAUAAAUUUGAAAACGUAAAUUCCUUUCUUAAUUUUAGUUCAGUAUAUUCAAUUUGAGUCCCUCGGUGGCGUAGUAGGUAGAGCCGCGGACCUCCGUUCACGAGGUACUCGGUUCAAACCCAGCUACAGAGGCAAGCUUGUGCGUGUAAUUAAAAAAAUCUUUCGUGCAAUUAUCAACAUUACACGCCAAGUACGGGGGACUACCAGUUUAGCCGAGCUAACAGAUAAUGCACGCCAUCUGUUAGCAGAAUCAAAAAGCUGAAACUGGUUCGAGAGUCUAUAGAGGUCAACACUGAGGAGCUCAGGGUCUCUAAACUACCCGGCUAGCUCCAAGGUGCUUGUGUAGAUGUCACUAGAAAGCAAUGGGAAACUACUAGUGGAAGCUCGAAACAACGUCGAUUCCCCAGAAUAAUCGCAGUGGCAAUAGGCAUUCGCCUCACCCUGUAAGGGUACCACAUUAAUGCGAUUUCCAAUGUCCUGUAAAGGACAAGGAACCACGACGACGACGACGACGAUAUUCAAUUUACAUGAAAGUGGAAGUGCGUGGGCUUGGAACGACAAAAGGAAACAGUUCUACCUGCGACAUUUUACAGAAAAGCAGCCUGAUUUAAAUUUGAGAAAUGAAGCAGUUAAAGAUGAAAUAAAAAACAUAAUCGAGUUUUGGUUGAAAAAAGGAGUAACUGGAUUCAGAGUUGAUGCACCGAUGGUACUUUUAGAAGAUGAAAAACUUCAAGAUCACCCACCAUUAAAACCCGAACACUCCUCGCUAGAAGCAGUAUUCGCUGUUGAUGAUUACAAGGCCCACGUUCACCACCCAGAUACAUUCAAAUUUCUCAACGAAUUACACCAAUUUGUUGCACGAUAUGACAAAAAGUCAGAAAAAUCAACCCAAACUCCUUUAAUUGGAGAAACAUACGGAACAGCUGCUAAAAUAGUUAAAUAUUAUGGAACAAGACGAUUUCCAGUGUUCCAUUUACCGUUCAAUUUUCUUUUGACAUCUUUGAAGACAUACUUGAAUGCUCAACAGCUUCAUGAUUUCCUUCACUCAUGGUUGGACGAAGUACCAAAAGGCUUCCCAUCAAAUUGGGCUCUGGGCAAUCAUGAUUUUGGCAGACUUUCGUACGUUUUUGACGUUGAAUACAACUCUAUUCUAUUAGCACUGGUUGCCAUGCUACCUGGAGCAGGUACCGUGUAUUAUGGAUAAGAACUGAGCAUGGGGGCAAAUAACCUGGUUCAAUUGGAGGAUACUUAUAAAAGAUUUAUUCAUCGCUCACCGAUGCAUUGGGACGAUUCGAGAAAUGCUGGAUUCACUUCAGCUGAGAAACCUUGGCUACCAGUUCAUCCGAAUUACUGGCAAUUCAACGUUGAAACUCAAAUGGCUCAUGAAAACAGCAGUUUGCAUUAUUUCAAGGAUCUAAUGUCGCUCAGGAAAACCGACACGUUUAAAUAUGGCGAUUUGAAGUUUCACAUUGUCUCAAAAUGGAUUCUAGUUUUCUCCAGAACUUUUAAAGGAACUAGUUAUAUUACAAUAAUGAAUUUAGGAACGGAGACUGAGCCCAUAGAUUUGUACACCAAUUUGGACAAUGUUUCAUCAACCAUGAAAGUGGUGGCUUCCAGUCCAAAUUCCGGAUACAAGAAAGGAACUACUAUCCAAACGACACCUAAUUAUCCAACUUUGUCUGUUCUUCGACCUCAUUCUGCACUUAUACUUGAGUCAAUAAUAAAAUAGACUACACCUUGUUUUUCCAAUGAAAUAAAAUCGAGUCAAUUCAGAAGUAUGUAUUUACGAAGUCCGUUCUCGCUGAGCAGAAGCAGAAUUUCCGAGCGUUUUAUCGAGCGGAAAGCAUAUUGGAGGAAAUGCAUUAAAAAUCAAGGGAAAUGGAAAUAUUUUUAAGCGGUUGAGAAUGUACAAUGAAA